ACCCGGGCCGCGCUGCUCAGGGUUCUGCCGCCUCGCCGGGGUGUCGGUGAGUGGGGCCGCGCUUUUCCCUCAGCCUCGCUGGAGGAGCCGCGGCAGUACCUAGCGAGAAGCGCUUUAGCGCUUCCAGCUCCGCAAUGAUUCACUGUAGGUGUUCCAGAUGUUUUUCUUUCCCUUCAAAACGAAGGGUAAGAAAGCGGCCUCGAGUCCUGACGUUGUUAAGCCUGCCUGAGGAUGUUCUGUUCCACGUUCUGAAAGGCCUUCCUGCUGAGGACAUCCUCUCAGUCAGAGCUGUGCAUUCACAUCUUAAAUACCUUGUGGAUAAUCAUGCUAGUGUUUGGGCAUGUGCAAGUUUCCAAGAAAUAUGGCCGUCUCCAAGCAAUCUGAAGAUGUUUGAAAGGGCUGCUGAAAGGGGUAACUUCGAAGCUGCUGUGAAGCUGGGCAUAGCGUACCUGUACAAUGAAGGCUUGUCCAUAUCUGAUGAGGGCCGUGCGGAAGUGAACGGAUUAAAGGCAUCCCAUUUCUUCAGCCUGGCAGAGCGUCUGAAUGUGUCUGCAGCUCCAUUUAUCUGGCUUUUCAUCCGUCCUCCCUGGUCCCUGAGUGGAAGCUGUUGUAAAGCUGUGGUCUAUGAGAGUCUCAAAGCAGUGUGUCAGUUGGAGAAAGCUGAAAAAGGAUCUAUUCUCCACUGCUUGGCCAAGAUCUUGAGUCUCUUUGAGGAUGAAGAAAAAAGAAAAGAAUCCCUCGAAAUGUUUGAAGAAUCUUCCAAGGAGGGUUGUUUAAACAGCUCCUACCUCCUUUGGGAAAGCAACAAAAAGGCUUCUAUGUCAGAUCCUGGCAGAUACCUCCAAAGUCUCAGGAAACUAAGAGACUUUGCAGCGAAGGGCUGCUGGGAAGCACAGAUAGCUUUAGCCAAAGCUUGUGGUAAUGGAAACCAACUAGGAUUAGAAGCAAAAUCUUCCAGUGAAAUAGUGUCUCAAAUCUUUCAAGCUUCUCUUCCCAUCAACAAGCAAAGUAUCUUCAUUGUGCAGAAAGGAAUGAAUGAAACAAUGAGGUACAUCCUGAUUGACUGGCUGGUGGAAGUGGCUACCAUGAAAGACUUCUCUAGCCUAUGCCUUCACAUGACAGUGGGAUGUGUGGAUCGUUACUUGAAGAUGAGACCUGUACCUCGGGCUCGACUCCAGCUUUUGGGAAUAGCCUGCAUGGUCAUUUGCACACGUUUCAUCAGCAAAGAGAUCCUGACAAUCCGGGAAGCUGUGUGGCUCACAGACAACACCUACAAAUAUGAAGACUUGGUCCGAAUGAUGGGCGAGAUCAUUUCUGCCCUAGAAGGAAAGAUAAGGAUACCUACCAUUGUGGACUACAAAGAUGUAUUGUCAAACAUUGUCUCACUCGAGAGAAGAACUCUUCACCUUUACAGCUUCAUUUGCGAACUGUCACUCUUAAACACAAGCCUUUGUGUGUAUUCUCCAGCUCAGGUGGCAGCUGCAGCGCUGCUGCUGGCUAAGAUACUACACAGGCAAGCACACCCCUGGACCAGCCAGCUGUCUGAGUGCACUGGUUUCUCCCUUGAAGACCUCCUGCCCUGUGUCCUAAGCCUCUACCAAAAGUGCUUCCACGAUGAUGUCCCAAAGGAUUAUAGGCAGGUGUCCUUAACUGCAGUGAAACAACGAUUUGAGGAUGAGCGUUAUGAAGAGAUAGGCAAGGAGAAGAUGAUGAGUUACAGCCAGCUCUGUUCAGUGCUGGGUGUGAAACAGGAGGACCCAGAGCCCAAUCCCUUGCAUACAAAUGUGGUGGAAAUUCAGACUUUCCUAAGCUCUCCCUCUGGCAAGAGAACUAAAAGGAGGAGGGAAGACAGCAUUCAGGAUGACAGAGGCAGCUUUGUGACUACACCCACAGCAGAGCUAUCCACCCAGGAGGAAAGUCUUCUAGAUAACUUCCUAGACUGGAGUUUAGAUUCCUGCUCUGGUUAUGAAGGUGAUCAGGAAAGUGAAGGCGAGAGAGAUGGAGAUGUGACAAGUCCCAGUGGGAUCCUGGACAUGACAGUGGUUUACAUGGAUCCUGCAGAGCACUGCUGUCAGGACUCCAGCGAUGAGGACAACCUAACUGUGGAGUGGAGUGGGCACACAGUGCCCCUGGGCGAGGCAAACCUGCUGGAUGACACUCAGAGCCUUUCAGCAUAUCUAACACCAAGAAAUUCUAACCUGGAAGGGAGCUCAGGCUACUCUUCUGUCAACAGUGCCAGUCCUAUGUCUUCUUUAGAAGGCAGCCUUGGAGUACCUCUGAAACCUACCUCAGCACUGUCUGCUGGCAGUGCCAGGAGCAAGGAGCCAUACCCGCCUCACUACCUGGAACCAUGUUUACAGUCAGCCUGUGCUAGGCCUAGCACAGGCAAGCGUGACAGAAGGCAAGUCAAGAGGAAAAAUGUGGCAGAACACAGUGAAGAAAGGGUCAACUUGGGCUUCUUCAGCCUCUGAUUUCCUCAUGCUCUUUUCUGAGAUUUCUGGAAUCAGUGUUUCUGUUGUAGCCAUACAGGGAUGAUAGUGAAUAAUUGUCAGUACCUCCAAAAAGAGCCCUUCCCCUCAACUUUGCUUAUGUCCCUUUUGUAACCUGUAGCUCACUUCUGGGCCACUUCCUUCCUUGAUAACUACCUUUUAAAGUAUUCCCUGUUGUCUGAUCCUCUGCAAACUAAGAUCCUUCUCCACAUAGGAAAUGUUAUAGCUCACUUCUGUCAUACCUCAACAGUUAUUCCUUGGUGAUAGGAAUGAACUUGUCGUGUCCUUGCUUCGCUGUGAGGCCUGGUACCAUAAAUGAAAGGAAUGGACUUUGGUUCUCAAGUUAUUUGCUGGAACACUAUGUUUGAAUUCUUCCACUUGAAAGACCUUUUUGAGGAUGUGCUGCCUUUUCCUUCUGGCCAGGUACUGUCUCACUUAGCUGGUGCUUCCCUCUUCUAUGUAUAUACCAUUUGCUGCACUGAUACAAGGUUUUUAUGGAUACAGUCAAGGUAAAUGAAGGCUCACUGCAGGUCUGAGCUUCUGUUUUACCUACCUCUCAGAUAAUUUUUAACUCCAUUGCCUCUGGCUCUAGCUGCCAUGUUUUCCUCCCCUAAAAAGUCCUCCUUUUGUGCCUUAACGCUUUACUGCCGAGUGCUCCAGUAACGUGAUCUCUGUGAACUGUUAGUCUCUGCUGCAACUGUGGUUGAACUGCUUCCUCCAGCUGCUGCCUCCACUUCACUUUGUGUCUUGCACAGUCUUCCUUGCUGUUUCCAUUAACAUGUCCUCAAGGAAAGCACAACUCGCUUGAACACUAGACCCAGGCAGCAACACAGGAAGGGCAGUCAGUCUCUUACUGAAAGCCUUAAUUUAGGCCUUCCUAUUGGCACCUUAGCUGCAAGGGCAGCAUCUGCUUCUCUUGCCAAUGAUAAAAUCUGUGCUGGCCACCUCCACUGACCUCAGCUCAGCAAGCCUGGGCUACAUCUCCUUCAGCCUGUGAACAUGAGAACAUCUUCCCUUGACAAACACCACUGAAAUACCAAGGUACAAGACGUGCAGGAGACAUCACUGAAUUGAACACUGGAACUGGACUCUGCCUUUUCCUCUGGUUAGAAGUUACUGUGGCAGUCGGCAGCAGUUCAGAUACACACAGUGUAGCAAUUUUUUUUUUUAUAAAAAACUUUUUUAAUA